AUGGAAGCAGAACCAAAUGGACAUGGAGGAGAAGAUGGAGGCAAUGAGAAUCAGAGAGAGAUGGAAUUAAAAGAUAAGCAACAGAAAGAGAUGGAGAAAGAAAAGAUGAUUAUGAGAGAGAGGGAGGAAGCAGGAAGAAGAAAGGAGGGACAGAAAAAUAUUUUGGGGGAAAUUGAGAGACAGAAUGAACUGGAGAUAGAACAUGAGAGAGAGAUGGAAGAAAAGCAUGAAGUGAUUAAGGAAGCAGAGGAAGAGUACAGGGAAAGAGAAGAGAGAGGAAAGGAAGUAAGCAUGAAGAAACAUGUAGUAGUUAAUGUUAAAGCAAAAGCACAGGAAGUCUUCAAUAGACGUAAAGAGAGAAGGUUAGAAGUGUUGAAGGGGGAACGAGAACACAUAGAAAGAGGACAACAAAUCAGGAGGGAGAAGGAGGAAAGACGGCUGGAGAUGGAAAGAAAACAGGAGAGGGCAAGACAACAAGAGGAGCAGGAUAAAAAACGAGACAUUGAAAUUGCUAGACAGAAAGAAAUGUUCAGACUAAGAGAGGAGGAGAGGCAGAGAGAGGAAGAGAGAGAGGAGGAGAGAAAGAGAGCCAUUGAAGGCCAUUUAUCUUUAAUGAGAGAGAGAGAGAUAAUAGAGGCAAACAGAAGAGAGGAGAUGGUGGAAGAGGAAAGAAGGGAGAUCUUUGAAAAGCACAAGAGGGGUGACUUAGAGGAGGAGGAGAAGGAAGAAGACAAGGAGGACAUUCUCCCACCUGAUAAAAGUAUCCGAAGGAGAGCUGUGGGCUGGGUAAAUAAGAAGUGGGAGGAGAGGAACCUCAAGAAGAUCGAGAGAACCUAUCAGAGAGAAGCUGAGGAGGGCUAUAAGAUCGUCCACAUAGCCAUCCCUGGACACACAAGGCUAACAGCCACCAUGACACGGGCAGAGAGAGAGAGGGAGAAGAGGAAGGAGCUGCUGAAGGCUGAGAAGAGAAGGAAGAAGAUGGAGGAUUUUAAUAAGCAGUGGAGAGAGCAGUCCCUGCUUAAAAAACAAACUCAUCAGAAACUGAUGGAGGAGAGGGGGAAGAUGAAGGGACAUUACCUGGAGCAGAUGAAUCUGGAGGCUGAUGCUCAAAUCCACACCCGGUGUCUAACCACCCAACACAGCCACGAUUAUCUGGAGACAACACAGCCCACUGGAUCUGGAGAUGGCCACCAGGAAAGGCCAAGGAGGCAACAGGCAUGGGCAGAGAACCAGGAGGGAAGUUCAGAGAACCAGCAGGAGUGGCCAGAGAACCAACAGGGGGUGCCAGACAGCCAGCAGCUAGAAGCUCCAGAAGAGGCUGAAACAUCAGAGCUAACCUCCAAGAACAAGAAAAGGCCAGGCAUCUGGAAGAGAAUUAAGAUGGGCUACAAGCAGGCAGAGAUGGAGGUUCAGUUCCUGAGGGAAGAGAAGAAGACCUGUACAGAGAAGGAAGCCCACAUGCUUGAGUUGAGGGGGAAGGAUCGAACGAUCCGAAAUCAGAAGAAGGAGAUGGACAGACUUCAAGUGUGCCUCUGGGAGGAGGAAAAGAAGAAGAGGAAUGGUGGAACGGAGAAGGACGAGAUGAUUGAACAACUACAAUUUAAGCAAGAGAUAGAGAGAUUGAGGCUAUGGCAGAAAGUCAUGGAAGAUCAGCGACCAAGACUGGCCUGGAACAACAAACCUAUUGAGACAGAAAGAGAGAGGGAAAGAGAGAGAGAAAGGGAGAUGGAAAGGGAGAGAAAAGCAGAAUUGGAAAGACAAGAAAUGAAGAAGAAAGUGAAACAGGCAGAAGAAACAAUAAAAGCGUUAGAACGAGAGAUUGAGAGAUUGAAAGAGACUGAAAAGGAAGUCAUAUUUGAAAGAGAAAGAGACAUGCGUAUUGCAGAGAAUGAGAAAGUCAAACUGGUUAACGAAAAGGUGAAAGAGUUAGAGAGAGAGGUUGAGAGACUGAAAGAAGAUAUGACAACAAAAGAGAUUCAAUACAAAAUCAAAUUUGAAAGAGCAAAAGAAGCGUAUAGAAGACAGAAUGAGAGAGUGAAACAGGUUAACCAAAAUGUACUAGUGUUAGACAGAGAAGUUGCGAGAAUGAAAGAAGAGAUUAGAUUGAAAGAAGAGACUGAACCAGAGAGAACAUUUGAUAGAGACAGAGAGAGAGAAAAUGAUUGGAGACGAACUGAAGAGGAGAUGAAAAAUAGAGUGGAGAGCGAGACGGAGAUGGAGACAGCCCUCAUCAAUGACAAAAAGAAGUCUGAAUUGGAGGAAGUCUUCAAGACAAUCAAGGAACAGCUAAAAGAAUUAGAAAAUAUGGAAACAGACAAAUAUAAAUGGAAACAGAACCAAAUGGACAUGGAGGAGAAGAUGGAGGGUGAGAACAACAAACAGAAAGAGGUAGAAAGAAAGAGAAUGGAGAAAAUACCAAAACAGAGACAACAAGAAGAUGAGAAGAAGAAAGAGAUGGAGAGAGAAGAAGAAGAGAGACAGAGAGAGAUUGAAAGAGAGAAAGAAGAAGAAAUAUGUAAACAGAAGCAAAUAGAGAUGGAAGAGGAAGAACGAAAAGAAGAGAGACAGAGAGAGAUUGAAAGAGAGAAUGAAGAAGAAAUAUGUAAACAGAAGCAAAUAGAGAUGGAAGAGGAAGAACGAGAGAGGGAGAAAGAGAGACAGAGAGAGAUCAAAAGGAAGAGAAUGGAGAUGAGACAGAAAAAUAUGGAAAGAGAAGAAGAGAGACAGAGAGAGAUUGAAAGAGAGUAUGAAGAAGAAAGAUGUAAACAGAAGCAAAUAGAGAUGGAAGAGGAAGAACGAAAAGAAGAGAGACAGAGAGAGAUUGAAAGAGAGAAUGAAGAAGAAAUAUGUAAACAGAAGCAAAUAGAGAUGGAAGAGGAAGAACGAAAAGAAGAGAGACAGAGAGAGAUGGGAGAGAAAGAGAGACGACAACAACAAGAGGAGAGAAAGAGAACGUUUGAGAGAGAUCAAGAAGAAGAAGAUAUAUUGAAGCAGAAGCAAAUUGACAUGGAGAAGGAGGGAAGAGAGAAGGAGAACAAGAGACAGAGAGAGAUAGAAGAGAUACACAGAGGACAACAACAAGAGGAGAGACAGAAACAAAUGGAGAAAGAGAAAGAAAGGGAGAAAUGCAAUGAGAAUCAGAGAGAGAUGGAAUUUAAAGAUCAGCAACAGAAAGAGAUGGAGAAAGAAAAUAUGAUUAUGAGAGAGAGGGAGGAAGCAGGAAGAAGAAAGGAGGGGCAGAAAAAUAUUUUGGGGGAAAUUGAGGGACAGAAUGAACUGGAGAUAGAACAUGAGAGAGAGAUGGAAGAAAAGCAUGAAGUGAUUAAGGAAGCAGAGGAAGAGUACAGGGAAAGAGAAGAGAGAGGAAAGGAAGUAAGCAUGAAGAAACAUGUAGUAGUUAAUGUUAAAGCAAAAGCACGGGAAGUCUUCAAUAGACGUAAAGAGAGGAGGUUAGAAGUGUUGAAGGGGGAACGAGAACACAUAGAAAGAGGACAACAAAUCAGGAGGGAGAAGGAGGAAAGACGGCUGGAGAUGGAAAGAAAACAGGAGAGGGCAAGACAACAAGAGGAGCAGGAUAAAAAACGAGACAUUGAAAUUGCUAGACAGAAAGAAAUGUUCAGACUAAAAGAGGAGGAGAGACAGAGAGAGGAAGAGAGAGAGGAGGAGAGAAAGAGAGCCAUUGAAGGCCAUUUAUCUUUAAUCAGAGAGAGAGAGAUAAUAGAGGCAAACAGAAGAGAGGAGAUGGUGGAAGAGGAAAGAAGGGAGAUCCUUGAAAAGCACAAGAGGGGUGACUUAGAGGAGGAGGAGAAGGAAGAAGACAAGGAGGACAUUCUCCCACCUGAUAAAAGUAUCCGAAGGAGAGCUGUGGGCUAGGUAAAUAAGAAGU